CACAUUAACAAUACAAAACCCAAUUUGAUUUCUCCUUCCUUUCUUUUCAUUUCUUCAUGAAAAUUUAAGAUCUCAAAUGGGUUCUAUAGAACAGCAGGUGGAAUGCAGGGAGAAGGCAGAAUAUGCCAAUGUGAAUUGGGAUGAACUUGGAUUUGCUCUGACUAAAACUGAUUACAUGUAUGUGAUGAAUUUCUCUGGAGAUGAAGACGACUUUUCCCAAGGAAUCUUAACUCGCUUUGGAAACAUUGAGCUGUGUCCUUCGUCUGGAAUAUUGAACUAUGGCCAGGGGUUAUUCGAGGGACUAAAGGCGUAUAGGAAGGAAGAUGAGGGAAUUCUGCUCUUCCGGCCAGUGGAGAACGCCCUGAGGAUGAGGAUGGGCGCUGAUAGAAUGUGCAUGCCAUCGCCAACCAUUGAGCAAUUUAUAGAUGCCGUCAAGAAGACUGUCCUGGCCAACAAGCGCUGGGUACCACCCCAUGGGAGAGGAGCACUAUAUAUCAGGCCUCUGCUCAUGGGAACUAGCCCAAAUCUGGGGGUGAAACCAGCAUCCGAGUACACAUUCUUAAUAUAUGCGUCCCCUGUGGGCAAUUAUCAUAAGGGUGAUAUGAACUUGUUCGUUGAAGACAAGGUCUACCGAGCUGCUCCUGGUGGAACAGGAGGCGUCAAAUCUGUCACCAAUUAUUCACCUAUUUACAAGGCAUUAACUCAAGCAAAGGCCAAAGGAUUCUCGGACGUCUUAUUCCUUGAUGCAUUGACUGGAAAAAACAUUGAGGAAGGUUCUGCAUUCAAUAUCUUCAUUCUCAAGGGAAAUGUUAUCUCAACCCCAACAGCCUAUGGGACUAUUCUCCCAGGAAUCACAAGAAAAAGCGUCAUUGAAAUUGCUUUAACAUUAGGUUACCAGGUUGAGGAACGAACUGUUCCAAUUGAGGAGGUGUUUGAUGCUGAAGAAGUCUUUUGCUCAGGAACAGCUAUGGUUAUCAAGUCAGUUGCAAGUAUUACCUACCAGGGUAAAAGGAUUGAAUACAAGGUGGGAACAGAAACGGUGGCUCAGAAAUUGUAUGCAACACUGACAAGAAUUCAAACUGGUCUUAUCGAGGACAAGAUGGGAUGGACCAUAGAGAUUGAUUAGCCUCUUUUUUUUUAUAUAGCAACAGCUUGACGUGAUAGUACCUAUGAAAUUUAGCAGACCUUUUCCAAUUUUUUUUGGUUCUCUUUAAUUUGAAUGAAAGGAAUGUGCUUUAGCCUA